GUUGCAAGAAAAUGCAAGCAUUAUAGAGCAGCUGUCCACAAGUCCCCUUCAAACGCCAAUUCACUCUCUCAUCUCCCACUCCAUAAGUCUCUCCACACCACUUCCCUCUAUUUUCUCUCUCCUCUUUCUCUCUCUUCCACAACCACAACUCCUUCACUAUUAUUUCUAACAACACCACAUUUUUCACUCUUCUUCUUCUUCUUCUUCUUCUUCUUCUUCUUCUUCUUUAGCUCAAACAAACAAAUUAAACUCUACAUUUUGUACAACAACAACAACACUACAAUGGAAGCAUCUUCGGUUUCCGAAUUCGGACAGCUUACGCUUACACCCGAGAGGAGACUCUCUUGUGAUCCCUUCAUUGUCGAGGACCUUCUCGACUUUUCCAAUGAUGAUGAUAAUCAUAAUCUUAAUGGUCUUAUUCUUCACGAUAUUAACAAUAAUAAUGAUAUUAAUAAUGUUCCGUUUGACAAUCAUCAUAACUCAAAUUCCGACUCCUCCAACGUUGUUACCCCCGUUGACAGUUGCAAUUCCUCCUUCUCCGGCAACAAUGACUCCAUUUUCCCUGUUACCGGGGAUAUUGGGUCUCACUUUUCCGGCGAACUCGGUGUUCCGUAUGACGAAUUAGCUGAGCUAGAAUGGCUCUCCAAUUUUGUGGAGGAGUCCUUCUCUAGUGAAGACUUGAACAAAUUCCACCUCAUUCCUACCAUAUCAGCAAUGAAGACCCGAACCGAUGACCGGUCCGAAACUCGAUUCUACCCGUCCGAACCAACCCGGACAGUAACAGUCCCCACUAGCCCAAUUUUCAGCCCGGAGAUGUCUGUACCCGGGAAAGCCCGAAGCAAGCGCUCCCGAGCCGCCCCUUGCAAUUGGGCCUCGCGGCUCCUUGUCCUUGCCCCGGGUUCUAGCGAGCAAGUGCCGGUCACAAAGCCCGUGAAGCCCGCCGGGUCGAAGAAGAAAGGGUUGGGUUUGGGUGGGGUUGGGACCAUAGUGGACCCGAACUCUGGUGGUGAGGUGAGGAAGUGUUUGCAUUGCGCGACGGACAAGACCCCGCAGUGGCGUACCGGGCCUAUGGGCCCAAAGACACUUUGCAACGCUUGCGGAGUUCGGUACAAGUCGGGUCGGUUAGUACCCGAGUACAGACCCGCUGCAAGCCCGACCUUCAUGCUAACAAAGCACUCGAACUCCCACCGAAAAGUGGUUGAGCUCCGAAGGCAAAAGGAACUGAUGAGGCAACAACAAAUGCAACAUCAACACCAAUAUCAACAACAACUCAUCCAUCAUAAUCCAAAUAAUAGUAGCAAUAUGAUGUUUAACCCGUCUAAUGGUGAUGAUUAUUUGAUCCAUCAAAUCGGGCCGGACUAUAGGCAACUCAUAUAGUUGAACCGAAUUAUGCUAGCUAGCUAGGAAGGGGUAACAAUUUUUAAUCUUAGACGAGUUUGGUAAUAGUAGCUAGCAUUUGUCUAGGCUUUUCUUUCUUUUUUUUGAAAAAAGAAACAUUUUUUCCAAGUUCAAUUUCUUUUGUUCUUUUCCAAAUUGUUUUGAAAGCAAUAUUUGAGCAAGGGAUUAAAUUAAACCCAGCUUGGAAGAGUUUAUAAAAUUAUUAAAAAAAUAUAAAAAUUGUAGGAGCACAUUGCAUUCUGCAAAUUAGUCAUUA